GUGAUGUUGGACUCAGUGACACACAGCACCUUCCUGCCCAGCGCGUCCUUCUGUGACCCCCUGAUGUCGUGGACUGACCUGUUCAGCAAUGAAGAGUAUUAUCCUGCUUUUGAGCAUCAGACAGCCUGUGACUCCUACUGGACGUCUGUCCACCCUGAGUACUGGACGAAGCGCCACGUCUGGGAAUGGCUCCAGUUCUGCUGCGACCAGUAUAAGCUGGAUGCCAACUGCAUCUCCUUUUGCCACUUCAACAUCAGCGGCCUGCAGCUGUGCAGUAUGACACAGGAGGAGUUCAUCGAGGCAGCUGGUGUCUGCGGGGAGUACCUGUACUUCAUCCUCCAGAACAUGCGCUCGCAAGGUUACUCCUUUUUUAAUGACCCUGAAGAGACCAAGGCCACCAUCAAAGACUACGCUGUUUCCAGUUGCUUGAAAACAAGUGGCAUCAAAAGUCAAGACUGUCACAGUCAUAGUCGAACAAGCCUCCAGAGCUCUCACCUAUGGGAAUUUGUACGAGACCUGCUUCUAUCUCCUGAGGAAAACUGUGGCAUUCUGGAAUGGGAAGAUAGGGAACAAGGUAUUUUUCGGGUGGUUAAAUCAGAAGCCCUGGCAAAGAUGUGGGGACAAAGGAAGAGAAAUGACAGAAUGACGUAUGAAAAGUUGAGCAGAGCUCUGAGGUACUACUAUAAAACAGGAAUUCUGGAACGGGUCGACCGAAGAUUAGUAUACAAAUUUGGAAAAAACGCACACGGGUGGCAGGAAGACAAGCUAUGA